AAUAUAUUUUUACGUCUAGCCGUCUCGGUUUUUACUGUGUUUUAUCUCUACGAUUAUCACAGACCGAGCAGUUGCAUGUACGCAUGCUCUUUGUCGUGUUUGUCUGUUUCUUAGAAUAUAGACAAAAGUAAGGUUAAAACUUGAUACAGAAAGAAUAAACUUAAAGUAGAAUCAAAAUAUAUGUUUAUACUGACAUUAGCACGUAGUGUAUUUGACAUAUUAUUAAUAUUACACACUCUUUACCUUCACUCGGAAGCUCUUGUUAAUUGCUCACUCAGCUAGUACAAGUGUGCAAGCACAACCUUGAGGAACCAAGCGGCCCCUAGUUGUUCAUAUGGCAUGAAAAACAAAACCUAGCUAUUUGAAUAAAAAUGAAGGAACACCUUGUUUUAUUAGUCCUUGGAUUGAGUUUGAUUCAAAAUGUGUAUAAUUCUAAUCCCGACGAGAUUCACCGACUGCCAGGGCUCAUCAAACCACCAAACUUCAAGCAGUAUUCAGGAUAUUUAAAUGCUACAGGAGAGAAAAUGCUUCAUUACUGGUUUGUUGAAAGCCAGAAGUCUCCUACAGAUGACCCAGUGGUGCUCUGGAUGAAUGGUGGUCCAGGCUGUAGUUCUUUGGAUGGACUCCUUAAUGAAUUAGGACCCUUCCAUGUAAAGGAGGAUGGGAAGACUUUGUAUGAUAAUCCUUACAGUUGGAAUAAGGUUGCAAAUGUAAUUUUUCUAGAAGCUCCAGCAGGGGUUGGAUUCUCUUUUUCAAAAGAUGGUCAGUACAGCACUGACGACGACCAAGCUGCCAAAGAUAAUUAUGUAGCUCUACAGCAUUUCUUCAUGAAGUUUCCACAUUUGAAGAAAAAUGAUUUUUAUGUUGCAGGAGAGAGUUAUGGUGGUAUUUAUGUUCCUACUUUAUCUGUAAAAAUUCUAAGUGGACCAGCCAAAAUCAAUUUAAAGGGUUUUGCUGUUGGAAAUGGCUUUCUUAGUAGGAGGUACCUAGGAAAUUCUUUGGUAUUUUUUGCUUAUUACCAUGGUCUGGUUGGCAAAGAAUUGUGGAACAUCCUUAUUGACAACUGUUGUCAUGGAAAUGUGUCAGAGGAAAGCUGCAACUUUGUUGAUAGCAAAAACUUGAAAUGCACUAAAGGAGUAGAGGAAAUAACAAAAUUAGUGUGGAGUUCAGGAUUGAACAUCUAUAAUCUGUAUGAAGACUGUAUUUCCAGUAGCGAUGUGAAGUAUUCUCGAUCGUCUGUUGAUCAAAAUACAAUUUUGAAGCUUCUGAGAAGAAAGCCAAGCUAUUCAACUAAAAGCCCGCCCUGUGUAGAUUCGACAAAUAUAGAAAAAUGGUUGAACCAGCCAGAAGUCCGAAGUGCCUUGCACAUCCCAAGUUUUGUACAGAAAUGGACAAUUUGUAGUAAUGCUGUGGAAGCUGGCUAUAAAAAUAUUUAUGAUACAAUGAAACCCCAGGUGCUUCAGCUGAUAAAAUCGGGUCAGGUGAAAGGAUUGGUGUAUAAUGGUGAUGUAGACAUGGCAUGCAACUUUCUUGGGGAUGAGUGGUUUGUGGAUAACCUACAUUUGAAGAUAAAAGGAGAAUUUAGAAACUGGAAAUUUGGAGAUCAGAUUGCUGGAUUUGUAAAAGAAUUUGAUAAUUUGACAUUUGUCACAAUUAAGGGCUCUGGUCAUAUGGUGCCACAGGAUAAACCAGGACCAGCUUUCAAGAUGAUUACUAAUUUUCUAUUUAAUAAACCAUUUUAAUAGAUUUUUAAUGGAGUAUUUCAGAAGCUGUGAAUUGUCACAAGUAGCGCAAUCUUAAUUUUUUUUUCUAUAGCUAUUGCUCUUUUUCCAACAUGUAAUCAGUGAUUGAAUAAGUUAGUAAAUACACUUAACUUUUACUUAAUAUUGCUUUUACAUGCAUUUCAUAGAUCUAGUUUAUUUGUGAAUAUGGAGUUCCUAAUAAUUGUGUGAAGAAAAAAUAUAGGCAUUUUUUAAUUUGUAUAUUUUCUUUAAUAUUUGUAUUGGAAAACAUUGAGUUGGUAAUAAAUGUAUGAAUCAUGUGACCAAAAAAAAACAACAAUUUCUCACAAGUAGCUUUAUAUAUAUAUAUAUUUUUUAUUAUUAUUAUUAUCUAUAAAUAUGUCCCACAUUGAUAUUAAAAUGGUUUAGAUUGUGUUCAAGAAACUGUUCUUUCAACAUUUUUCUUCUACUAGCAUUUAAAGGAUGAUAUAGAAAGAUGUAACAUUCUCAAAUGUACCUUGUUUUGUUGUUGUCCUUACAAAUUUAAUGCGACUUAAAAUAAAAUUUGUGAUUAGUUUUGAUGUCCAAAUAAGUUUCAGAUUAAUCCUGGGCUUUGUGGCAAGACAAACUGAUUUCCAAGUUGUUGUUUUUUUUUUUAAUGGACCUAAGAAAUCAUAUUCAUAACUGUGCAUAUUGUGUGUAGUUGAAAAUAGUUAAAAAACAACAACAAGUGCAAUAUAAAUGACCUAGAGUUCAGUGAUACAUUUGUGUAGAGAGUAUAAUCCAUACAUUUUGAAUUUAGUGCAUACAAGUUUCAUUGAAUCUAGCACCAGAAAUUAAAAUUUGUAAAACACACGAGUGAAACCAACAUUUCUUUCACCACUACAUGUUUCUAAAAUGCAAAGACUACCUAUUUCUAUCUCUAACUAUAAACUGAAAUAAAUAGAAUAAAAUAACUAGAAAUUAAAAUGCUGUUGACGAAGAAAGGAAUACGAAAGGUUGAAAAUGAGACUGAAUUGUAAUUUUCACUCUUUCUAAAUGAAAUGAAGACACUUGGAAUAAGUGGCAGACAUGGGAGGUUCAAGGAUAAUAAACAUUAUGCUCUAUAUAAACAUGUUCGUUAUGUGUGUAUGCAUAUAAAUAUAAUGUGCUUGUAAUUAGUAUUCAAAACUCUCAAUGCUGAUGUAAUUUCAUAAGCAACUUAACAAUACUAUUUUUUUACUGUGCUGAAUAUCCCACCCUAGCCACUUGACUGGUUAUGAAUAUAUGUAAUCAAACUUUUUUCCAAUAAAAUACUUCAUUUUACUGUUAAAAGUUGCACUGUGACCACAAAAUCAUGAUGUUAUGGAGCACAGUUUUUUAAUCAUUUGUUGCAACCAUCUAUUUUACACCUGGACCUGUUAUACUCAUUAUAAACUUUUCUGGAGUUGUACUGUGAAAAUAAAUCUGUGCAAAUUUAAAUUUGUCUCGUGUUCGUGUGAAAUAAGCUAAGCCUUAUUUUAUUAUUAUCCUUAUUAUGAGUUUCCUCAUAGAUUAGCCAUGUUCAUGAGGUGUCGCUGCAUCUAAUUUUAGGGUUAUAACAACCACAGAUGGUAUUUAUAUGGCUAAAAAUGCUGUACUUUAAAGUGCUGCUUCUUGUUUAAGCAUUGAUUAAGAAGAAAUAUGACAUACUAUCAAAUGAAACGGUUAUUUAAAUUCUGGAGAAUGCGUUACUGAGAGUUAGUAGGAAAACUAUUCAGUAACUUUUAUUUGUUAAUAUUUAUACAUAUGUUUGAAACACUAUUUUGAAUAGGAAGAUUUUUUUAGGCUCCUUUAUAUCCUUAUUGUAAAAGAUAUCUUGGAAGUUUGGAAUCAUAGCUAUUAGUGUUUUUACACUAUCUGUAAUUGUAAAGUAUAUUGUAAAAAAAUAUCAUCAGCUACCCUACUAUUAACCCUUAACUGUUUAAUUCUAAUUCCUCCCAUUUUGCUUUAGUAACACAACCUGUGGUUUAGUCAUAUUUUACUGCAGGUUUUUGUUUUUAUUUAUUUCAUUGCUCUUUAUUAGUCCUUUACAGAUUUUGUUAGUUAAGCCUAUCAAUGAACAUUGCUUGUAGAACAUGGACAUUAUAGAAGAAGAAAUAAACAAUUCAUUACGAAUA